AUGGCUGUUUCGUCUCUUCUGGUGAUCAUGCUGGUUUUGGUUAUAUAUUCAUUGUUGUCUUUUGGUGUAGAAUCAGCCUCUGGUCAUAUCGACAAUAAUAAUAUAUUGAAAGAGCGUAAAAUCAUAAGUAGUGGCCCUACUAAAACAACUAAUACCAUUAUAUCUAUGACGACAGCAGCAACAAAAAAAGGGAACAGGUUAAAAAAUAACAAUAAAAAAAGUACAAAAACUGAUAGAAAUGAAGACAAACUUUUGUUAUCGUUAAAAAAUUCAAAUGACACUACAAAUCGUAGUAGUAGUAAUCGUCGUCCUUCGACCAAGACAAACUCGACAUUAAUUCCUACAUCAACUUUUUCAAUAUCAUCUACAUCAACUUUGUCAAUAUCAUCUACAUCAACAACUUUGUCAAUAUCAUCUACACCAACAAUAACCUCAGCUUCUCCAAUAUCAUCUACACCAACACCACCUCAUCUAUCAAUUAACACAACGUCAAUGUCAUUACAGGACUACAUACACCAAAUUUCCGGAAGAAGUUUGCAAUCAAACAUCGGUGGAAUUACAAUAGUCAAUAUAGCCCUCGCUUUGCUAAUAUUAUCAAUGAUUAUAUGUGGUCUAUUAAAAAGACGGUGUCAUCGUCAAGUUGACAUUAUGGACCCGUUGGAUAAGCGGCGGCGGACACGAUCAAUAAAUUGGUUCGAUUAUACGUAUUCGCCGACAGCGAGUUCACAAUCACGGAACAUCAAAAAUAAAACAUGCGGUUUUCUGUUUUAG